AUGGACAAAACCAAAAAUGAGAUUUUGUCAGCAGAAAAGAAGAUGGCAGAUACCGUGGAGGAACGUAUCCAUGAAUUACGGGAACAUGAGAGGGUCAUGAAAGCCAAAUUUGCUGAAAUUUAUGAGGCGCAACAAAAACAUCACGCGACACAACUAGAAAACUUUGAGUUGGUUUUGACUCAACUACAAAGCUGCAUUGAGCGAGGUCACGGAAAGCGCACUAGAAAGAAACGUCAGCACCGAGAUUCUUCAAUCAAAUCAGAUCAUUAUUGGACGCUGUGAAAAACUUUUGAACGUAACAAAACCUGACAUUUAUAACCCACCACACGUGAAUUACAGUAUCGAAAAUCAACUGAAUCCAGGUUUUGAUCGAAUUGUGGUUAGUAAUACAGAUCCUUUACUUUCCUUCGCGGAAGUGGACAAUCAAGAAUUUGUAAGAGAAAAAACCGUGGCAAAUUUCAUCAUUGUAACUAGAGAUUCAAGUGGAAAGCAGCGUUAUCAUGAAGAUGAUCAAGUAAAAGUCAACAUUAUAACUCCAGCAGGUGAUCAACUGGAAACAGAGAUAAAAGACACCAAAGACGGCAAGUACACAGUACCAUACACACCACAGUGUGUUGGACAACAUAGAGUAGAGAUCCAAGUUAAUGGACAGCCGCUGACUGGUAGUCCCUGGCUUGUACAGGUGAUCAGUUCGCAUCAGUAUCAAUUUGCGUUUCAAUUUGGAUCAAAAGGCAAAAAGCAAGGACAGUUUGACCAACCUUUGGGUAUUGCUGUGAAUCAUAAAAGCAGGACGCUUGCUGUUGCUGAUUCAAACAAUGAGAGAGUUCAGAUGUUUGACUUUGAUGGGAAUUUCCUGAGAGAAAUUGCACUGGAGUCUGAAACGUCUUCGGUGGCUUUUACCGAGUCUGGUGACCUCCUUAGCAAUGUCGAGAGUGACGACAAUAAACUCACCUUGUACACUGAGGGUAGUCACUUCAUUGGACACAUCAGCGACGAACAGGUGAAGACACCGUGGUACAUAUCUGUUGGGAGUGAUGGUCGCAUAAUCACAUGCAACGUGGCUGACAAAACAAUCAAAGUUCUCAGCCCUGACGGGGAAGAUUUACUUCAGUCGUUCAGUGCUCCUGGUUGUGAUGAGGAUCCAUGUUGUGCUGUUUAUCAGCAGAAAAAAAUUUUUGUCUCUUAUCCAGUAGCUAACCGUGUUAUGGUAUUUAACAACGUAGGGAGUAUCUAUAUGACAUUGGCAGUAAGGGAUCUGGUGACGGGCAGUUCUCGUGUCCCACCGGUCUCGCUAUUGACAGGUUUAACCGUUUGA